AUGCCUGGGGGUUGCGACUCCCCAGAAGAAGAUGCUGAGCAUGGAUGUUUGCACUUUCGCCUUCAGCAAAGUGUCUCUCCAGCUGAAAUUGCUGCUGCUCUCUCUUCUUUUCGUCUGUCUUUUUCUUCUGUCUCCGAUGCAAACCUCUUUAGUCAAACCCUCUGCAGCAGCAGCAAAGUGCAGCUGCUGCUGCAGCAGAAGGCUGCUAUGGACGGCAUCUUUGCUGCAGGAGAUGGUGCUGCUGCUGCUGCUGCUGCUGCUAUUGUUGUUGCGGCUGCUACUGCUGAUGUGAAGGAGUUUUUGCCUGCUGCUGCCUGUCUCUGGGAAGAAGCAAAAUCUGCACUCCUCUGUGGAGACACCACAGAGCUGCCCAUACACUCCAGCAGCAGCAGCAGCAGCAGCAGCAGCAGCAGCAGCAGCGACGGCGGCGAGAGCAACAGCGCAAGGAGCUGCAGCAGGAACAGCAGCAGCAGCAGCAGUAGCAGCAGCAGCAAACUGCAGCAAAUCUCAGCGUGGAUGAAGGCAAAAUACGGAGACGAGUUCAGCCUAACCAAUCUCUUAAAACGAGCUUCUUACGGUGGCUCCACUCCUUCUGUCUUUGUAGAAAUUUGUUGCGGUGGUGGCAGCAGCUGCUGCUGGCUGCUGAGGGCAUGCAGCCAGCAGCAGCAGCAACAACAACAACCUGAGCAGCAACAACAACCUGAGCAGCAGCGCAAGGAAGGCGAACAACAAACGCCGGGGCAGCAGCAACAGCAGCAACAGCAACAGCAACAGCAGCAACAACAGUGGCAGCAGCAGCAGCAGAAGCAGCAGCAGCAGCAGCCUGCUGUUCAUGGCUUUUGUGUCUCUAUAGCAGACAAGGACAUGCAGCAGCAGCAGCAGCACCAGCAGCAGCAGCAGCAGCAGCAGCAGCAGCAGCGCCCCUCAAGCCCUGACAACCCAAACCAACAAUUCCCUAACUUCAGCUCGCUGGUGCCUGAUGAAGGCAGCAGCAACAUAUACGAUCCCGGGAUCGUCUCCUCCCUGGUGCAUCGUCUGUGCAACUCCGUUAGCUGUCUCCUCGCAGCACCAGGGGCCCCACAGCCGCCUGCUGCUGCUGCUGCUACUACUACUUGUUCUACUGCUUCUGCUGCUGUUGCGGCUUCUGAUGCUGCUGCUGCUGCUGCUGAGGAGAAGCGCAUCGACGCUGCUGCUCUUGCAGCAGCAGGUGCUGCUGCUCUUGUUGUGGCAGACGGAGGAAUUAAUAUCACGGGGGGUGCGUACGGGAACGAGGAGCUGCUGCACGGGCGGCUGCUGCUGUCACAGUUGCUGCUGAGUGUACAAAUGCUGCAGCACGGAGGGACCCUCAUUCUGUCUUUGUUCGACGGCUUUUCAGACUUCACUCUGUCUCUGUUAUAUUUAUCUGUCUCCUUAUUCCAAGAGGCCCACAUCGUCAAGCCGAAUAGAGAGGGAUUUGAACGGUAUUUUGUGGGUAUAGGAUUUAAGCGCCUGGACGCAGAGGCGUCUCUGCUGCCUCAGCCAUUGCACGCAGCAGCAGCAGCAGUAGCAGCAGCAGCAACAGCAACAGCAGCUGCAACAGAAGGAAGCAGCCAUCCAUCGCCUUUGUUUAGAGCAGCGGUGCAUCAGCUGCGCCGCGUGCAUGCAGCAGUUGCUGCUGCAGCAGCAGGAAGGCCCCGCAGCAGCAAGUUGCUGCUGCCAGCUUCGCUGCUGCCGCUGGACCUUCUCGGAGGAGGAGACAGUUGUUUUGCUGCUGCUGCUGCAGCAAUGACAGCAACAGUUUGUGCUGCGCAUGCAGAGACCCUCAGCAAAACGCACGCGAUGUGCAUAGCCCUAAGAGCAGAGCGCGCCAAGGUAGAGGCGCAGCUGAAGUGCGGGCAGCUGCGCCAGUCUCCGAAGAUGCUGCUGCAGCAGACUGCAGCAGCAACAGCAGCAGCAUCACCUGCUGCUGCUGCUGCAGCUGCUGCAGUUGUCAAGGAAAUGCAGCAGCAAAAGAGAGAGUCUCCCCUAGCAGAUACAGCAGCCAGCGAGACAGAGACAGUAGACACUCCAACUGACGUAACCCACACACCCGCUGCUGCUGCUGCUGCUGCUGCUGCUUGUGUUGCUGUUCCUGCUGCUGAGGCGAAGCCGCAUGCAACCACCGCAGCUGCAACAACAGCAGAAGCAGCACCUGCUGUUGCUGCUGCAGGAGAACCACGAAAAAGAUGUGGGGGUAGUGUUGAUAAUUCCCUCCCUGUUGUCUGGCGCAUGCAGCAGCAGCAGCAGCAGCAGCAGCAGCAGCAACAGCAACAGCAACAGCAACACGAGCUGCAGCAAAGGGCAUCCUUCGAUGAUGUGCUGCGUCUACUUCCAUCAACACCAGUGGCGUUUAAGGCCUCUCGCCGUCACGUGCUGCAGCGGCAGCUGCAGCAGCAGCAGCAGCAGCACGAACUGCAGCAGCAGCAGCAGCAGCACCAGCAGCAGCAACACGAGUUGAGUUUGCACGACGCAAGCGAACCUG